AUGGCUGCCUUGUGCUCCACCUCUGUGCCUGAGGGUUUCCACUAUGAGACUAAGUACAUUGUUCUCAACUACCUGGGCCUCCUUCCCCCCUCCCAGCUACUGUCCACUGCUGGCGGAGGAGAUGACCAGUAUGCUGUGGACAGAGAGAUAGAGAGAGAGCUGAACAGAGUGAUGAAAGGACAGAUAGAGGAAGAGCUGAGGCAACUGGAAGACGAGAUCUCAGCCUCCUUCUCCAGUACAGGCUUCGACUGCCACAUGUCUCCAGUGUUCAGCCCUGCCAACCCAGAGAGCUCCAUCGAGGACUGCCUUGCUGCUCUGGGCGACCGGGUGGCCAGAGACCUGGACACACACCUGGCCUCCGCUGUACACACACUCCUCAGUGCCCCUUUGGACUACGAGCGUUUCAGAGAAGCAGCACAAGACGUCUCCUGCCACACGCAGAGCGGCUGGACCAAGGUGCUGGUGCCUUUAGUGCUGCUGCAGGCCCUACAGGGAGAAGGACAGAUCCUGGCCACCCUGCUUCCUCUGGGGGUCAAUUUCCUGGAGGAGGCUGAGGCAGACUACAUCAUCCGGCAGGGAGGAUGGGGUACAGUGUUUAGCCUGGAGGAAGAGGAGCAGCAGGGCUUGAUCAUAGCCGAGGACAGCAACGACAUCUAUAUACUGUCUGGAGAGCAGCUUCCCACAUCGCUGCUGGGCACCGGAGACAGCAGUGGGUUGGGCAGCUGGCAGACAGAAAGCUUACCUGUGUCUCUGGCAGGCCACGAGUCCUGGGCACAGGUGGACAUGAUGGACCAUCCCGAAGACAUCAAGAGCCUGGAGAGCAACGAGGGCAACCUCGCAGAGGAGCGCAGCGAGAACAACUCUUCCAACUCUGACAUCGUGCACGUGGAGCGAGAGGACGCAGAGGAGGUUGAGGGCGGGGCAGAGGAGCCUGAGCUGCAGGAGAUCAUGCUGAGCGUGCUGGGGACGGAGAGCGAGCUGGCCGAGCUGAGGGCGGAGUUUAGGGAUGACACCCCGCCUCCUGUCCCAGCAGCUCCAGAGCCUGUGGUGGGAUAUCUGGAGGAGCCGGUCGUCGUCGAGACCCCUGCUCCCCUGUCGGCGGUCCCGUCAGAGCCAGAACCGCGUGCCCCAUCCACUGUCCCUGUGUCAGAGCCCGAACCCCCUGCACCAGCCCCUGUGGUUGAGCCUGCCCCUGUUGAGGCAGCACCCGCCAAGGUGCCCCCUACUCCCCAACCAGCAGAGCAAGUUCCAGAACCAGAGCCAGUCCCAAUGCCAGUCGCAGCAGCACCACCCCAGCCAGAGCCCGUUCCAGAGGAGCCCCAGCCUGAACCUCAGUCAGAGACUGUGCUGGAGCUGGCAGCAGCGCCUGUCCUGGAGGCACCCCAAGCCCCUGUGGAGACCCCUUUGGCCCCAGCUGAGGAGGCCCCAGUGCAAAUGGAACCAGAGCCCAAGUUGGAGCUUCCAGUGCUGCUUUACGGGGGAGCUGCCCUGGUGGCCCUAGCUGCUGUAGUGGCCUGGGUAGUCCUGACCCACCGGAAGAGGUAGCCUAGCGGUGCUCCUGACCUGGGCCCCAGACCUCACCUCCUCCCUGGUCCCUGCCUAGCUCACUGCAGGUAACCUGGGCUGCUGUGCUGCCAACGCCCGGUGCACACACCAUGGCAAAAUUAACUCUUCUCUCUCUCUCUCCGUUUUUGUUUUCCCCCAUUCUCAUCUCUGCUGAUCUGGCGUUUUGAUAUGUUUGUCUUCAGUUGUUCAUUGCUGCCUCUAUCACCUCAAACUGGAAAGGACAUAUUAUACAUUUUAUCUUGGUUUCUCUGUUGUGUGUUUUCUGGGUGUGUGGUUCUGUCCUGUGCCAUCUUGAUGCACAUGACCGAUACAAGCAGGGUGUCUGUUACCCUCUCGGCUGGAGCUUCGGUACCUCUUUGUCCUCAGAGCCUAGUGGGUGUAGCUCAAGUCACAAUUGCCAGUUCUGUUGCAAAAAAAAGUGUAGAGGAAAGGGCACCUAUUCCAAUAGAUUUUUCUAUCUGGAAUGAUUAGGGGAAAAGUAUGUUCUUGACUACCUUAUGUCCUCUGAAAAACAAUCCUGUCUUAAAGAGCAGGUUUAGAUGAGAUGAACGUGGUUAUGUAGAAUUUUUUUUAUGGCAGUUAACAUAAAAUUAGACUCAUUUUUGUUUUUAGAAUUAUGUAUGUGAUGUUGGGAUAUAAGAUUCACUACUGGAGACCCUGACGUGCCUGUAAAAUGACUAUCUGCAGAGUUAAAAGGGACAAAAUUCUUCAUAUAUAGCACUUAAUUGAGAUUAUUAAUAUCACACUAAAAUGUGAAGUAGAUAUAUUUAUGAUGAUCUACUCCCCCACUGUAUUAAUGGCUGAUUGCCAGUCACUUACAUUUAUCAUCAGUUGAUGUAGUAUUAUUUAGUAAAUUAUUCGGGAGGAUUUUUGGAAAAUGAGGGAUUCCACUUUAAGAUGUGAAUGGCAUGCCUUGACUCAAGGGUAUAUAUUUUCACAUGAAUAUAAUAUAUUAUCACUGUACUUAAUUUCAUUCAUUUAGCAAACACAUAUUUUGACACAUGAGUCUUCUCUUUUAUAUAGUGUUGUAAUGUAUGGUCAUAUUGCAGUAUUAUAAUAAUUGCAAUGAAAUAGAUUUGUUUUAAUAGUGUCAUAAAAAGGGACGAGCUGAGGAUAAAGAUUACCGCAGCUCACAGCCAGAGCCAUUGCGUUUUAUAACUUGCUGUCUCUUUGGUUUUGAGGGGACUGUGAUCAUGGGUGAAUGUGUUAUUCAACAUUCCAGGCAUGAAGAUGCAUCCUUGAAAAUAGAUGUAUAGAACUGUCAUUGGUCAUUCAAGUUUGUGUGUGAGUGACAACGUCAACCACUCCUAAAGCCAGUUUAACCAUGAUGGCACCAUGGUCAAUACUGUUCCAGGCACUGUGUUCUGUCGACAGGGAAUGGAGGGUUGGUAAUGACUGCACCAAGAUCCACUUUGUCUCUGUUUGGUGAAUUUCAUACUCAUAUGUUCAACUCAAAAGGUUUAAGAUUGAAAUAUUAAACAUGGAAGAUAUAGUCUGUCUACUUGAUUUAAUGUGAGACCUAUAUUAGAAGGAGAAAUGUUUUCUUGACUCAAUUUUAUGCUCUCAUUUCCAACUCGUGUAUUUUAAGAAAUAAGGCA